CGUUUAACCGGAAGUGGAGAAUAAGGACAUAAAAUAUUUCUCAAACAAAACUAACCAUACAAAUAAACAUGUUUGCAUAGCUAAACCUUAAACUCCGAAAGAGAAUUGCAGUCAGCCUGUGAUCAUCUGCCAGUAUUAAAUACAACUCAAGCAAUAUCAUGGCAGAAAUAGUUAUAGAUCAACAGCCUGUACAUGUAUUUCUGACGCCCGAGUUUGCGCCUGUGCCAGUCUCCACAGAUGAUAUAGGAGACCUGUACAUGUUUGAUAAUGAGGAGGAUGCACUAAGCUUGGGCUCCUACGGUUGGGGUGGCAGGUGGGGCAGAAAUAGAAACACAUCUGCAAAACUGAAGGAAAACGGCAAAGUUGGGAAGAAUGGAACAAAUGAUCUGAACAAUAGCAAUGGUAAAACGAUAGAAGAGUCCAUCCAAGAAGCAAGCGAUGAUGAUGAUGAACGUAUCGAGCAAGAGGACUAUGAUUCUGAUGAUUCGGAAGCUCACUCGAGGGUGGGGGAUAUUUUCACCGCCCCCUGUAGGGCGGCAGAGCAGGCUGAGGAGUUUGUAAAGAAGGUUUGGGAGGCUGGCUGGCGGGUGGUCCACCACAACUCCCUGCCCAACUGGCUGCGAGAUAAUGAUUUUCUGCACAAGGGUCAUCGCUUGCCUACCAACUCCUUUCUAGAAUGCUUCAAGUCCAUCUUCCGAGUACACACUGAGACUGGCAACAUCUGGUCACAUUUGUUAGGUAUGAUUGCAUUCAUCGGGAUAACAACCUUCUUCGUUACGAGACCUACACUUGAGAUCCAGUGGCAGGAGAAAGCCGUGUUCUCAGCAUUCUUUAUGGGUGCCAUAGUGUGCCUAGGCUUCUCAUGGGUGUUCCACACUGUCUUCAACCACUCACAUCGAAUAGGCAAACUCUUCAACAAACUAGAUUACUGCGGUAUAGCAAUACUGACGAUGGGUUCGUUCGUGCCGUGGCUGUAUUACGGGUUUUACUGUCACCUGGGACUGAAGGUCUUUUACAUGGUGCUCACAUUCAGUCUAGGCACGGCCUGCAUUACAGUAUCUCUGUGGGACAAGUUCAGUGAACCACGCUUCCGUCCACUCAGAGCGGGUGUGUUCAUCGCGUUUGGCCUAAGUGGCGUGAUCCCAGCUCUUCAUAUCGUGAUUAAAUAUGGGUUCUGGUGGGCUGUCAACAAGGCCUCCCUUGGUUGGCUCUCCCUGAUGGCUAUGUUGUACAUUGUUGGGGCGAUCAUUUACGCCGUUAGAAUACCCGAACGUUUCUUUCCAGGGAAAUUUGACAUCUGGUUCCAGAGCCACCAGAUAUUCCACAUGUUUGUGCUGGCGGCUGCGUUCGUGCACUACCACGGGAUCACAGAGAUUGCUUACCAGAGGCUUGUGUUUGGCGACUGUCUUUCAGAUGAACUGUUUUGAUGAGUUUUACAUGGAUGGUAGAACUAAAUUCUUGGUUAAAUGGUGACCAAAUCAAGCAGUAAAUCAUACACUAAGGAACAAUGUAUCAACAGAAUUUUAGCAAAAAGUUGAUACAUGUAGCGAUACUGGAAUGAGAGGAACAUUGUGUUUACAUAAGUUCUAUGCUUAACACAUUUUUAAUGAAAUAGUAUUGCUUGAUAAAUAUUUAAAAAUUAACAACACCAAACAAUAUUAAAAGUAUACGUUUUUGAAGCCAGGCCUAGCAAAUUCAGAGCACUGCACUGUCAAUCUAACAUUUGUGUGUGUUUACCGGGUAAAUCACAGCACUUGUAUGGUCAUUGGCAUUAAAUUAUUAUGUUUAUUCUCUCCCCUCCGAUUUGUAUGUGAAUGGAUUUGAGAAGUAAUAGAUGUUGUUUCCCUGUAGGACCCACUAUUUGUUCAUUGCCACUAGUUCAAGACUGGUUCACUAUUGUAUGACUGAUGUUUCGGAGUGUUUUGAAAUGUAUACUUUUUACCUGACCACAAUCGGUGUUUAAUUGGUAUUGGUCUUGCCCUGUUUACUUCUGAAUAAGCAAGAUGGAUAUGAUUUUGUGGUAUUUUCUUGAACUUCCUGGCGAUGUUGAGCAAAUGUUGAUGUUUUUGUCACGACAGGGUUGGCCAUUUGCUAGUUUGGUUUCUCAAGGAUAUAUUAAGAAACACCAAAGCAUGGUAAUCAAAAGACAAAGACAUUCAGUCAACUUCUACUCACAUGUGUUAUUGUACGAAGUUGUUCACGUUAAGUUUGUUGUUACUGUGUUGUACACAGACUAUAAUUAUAGAUUUGUACUAAAGCUGCUCCUUCACUUAUGAUGGAUAUAUCCUAAAUUAAAAAGACCAAAUAUCAUAUUUAUAAUGAAAAAGUAAUUAUGAUGAUCAGAAGUAAUUAAUUAAGCAACACUUUGUAGUUAAGUAGUAUAAUCAGAGAUUAUAACUGUUUUUAGAAAAGCUCUUUUAUAAUUGGAAUAUUAGUAUUUGUUUUGUGAUAUUCAGAUAGGGUGUUAAAUCUUCAUGUCUAAGUUUGUUUGCUAUUAUUUCUGAUAAUAAUAAAUAAGUUAUCUAUGGUAGUUAAAUGAACAACAAUCUAAGUGCUUUAAAUAGUUAAAAGGUCUCUUAAAAUACUUUAAAACAAUUAACUUUAAUAAAUAAAUCCGUGUUGUAAACAAUUGUUAAUGUUUAAAUAAGUUCUAUAUUUUAAUGUACAAAAUUUGAGAAAAUAAUACAUUUGUUUAAUCUUUCCAAACUGUGAUGUUGCAGCUUUAAGUACAUGUAACUGUUAAAUUAAUGUGCACUCUUUGUAUCUUGCUGAUGUAUAUUCCGAAUACAAAAUCUGAAAUGAAUAAUUUUAGAAUUGUAACAGAAAUAUGAUUUGUGUAAUUGUCCUGUUUAAAUAUUAAUGUUGAUGUUUCUUUGUUGUAUCAUUGUGUCUUGUUCUGAGAAAACUGGGCUUAAUUCAUGUGCGUAAAGUGUUGUCCCAGAUUAGCCUGUGUAGUCUGCACAGGCUAAUCAGGGACGACACUUUCCGCUUAAAUGGUAUUUUUAGUUUCAAGGAAGUCCCUCCUUACCGAAAAUCAAGUUUAGGCGGAAGUGUCGUCCCUGAUUAACCUGUGCAGACUGCACAGGCCAAUCGGGGACGACACUUUACGCACAUGAAUUAAGCCCAGUUUUCUCAGAAAAAGACAUCAUUGUACUGUCACUUUUUGGCAUAUGGCAUUUGUAACUGCAAUUUGAGCCUUCUUCUGAGGAAACUGGGCUUCAAGCAUGUGUGAAAAGUGGCACGCAGACUAGCCUGUGCAAUCACCACAGGCUAAUCUGUUACAACACUUUCCGCCCAAACGGGAUGUUUUAUUAGAAGAGACAUGCUUUAAAAGUAAAUUCCAUAAAAACGGAAAGUGUUGCCACUGAUAAGCCUGUGCGGACAACAGGCUAAUCUGGGAUGACACUAAAGGCACAUGCAGCGAGCCCACUUUUUCCAUAAAAAAACGCAUUUAAAUCUGGUCAAGUUGACUUACAUGUUUAAAUACUGCCAAUGUUGGUCCAUUUUCAGCAGUGUAUCAUUUCUAUUUUUCAAAUCACUAUUAUAUUUCAUCAGAAGAAAGAUCUGCAUAAAUUAUGUGUAUUUCUUUAAUUCUGUAAUGUUAUUUUUGUGUGGUAAUCAAACAGUUUGCAGUGGUUUCCAUGGAUUCUGUUCUCUUAUAACUGUUAGAACUGUUAUUUGGAAAUCCAAUUGUAUACUUCAGAAAACAAUACCAUCAUACCACUAAUCUUAUGUUGGUCUAAUGCAGUGGCACUUUUCAUAUACAAGUCAAUUUUAGAGAUAUGUCAUAUUACUCAGAAUCAAUAAUGAAGUCAUUAUUAUACCCCCACAAACGAAGUUUAGGAGGGUAUAUAGGAGUGAGCUUGUUGGUCGGUCGGUCUGUCCGUAUUAAGUGUCCGCUCUCUAAUUCAAGUUGUUAUAAUCCGAUCUUCACCAAACUUGUUUUUGUUAGGAAUGAAUCAGAUUAAAAAACAAUGCUGUGUAAUAUGAAGAUUUAUUACAUGUACCCGGUAAAUCACAAAUUGCAAGAAAAACAGUAAAAAGUUAUUUUUCAAGUAUUUAGUGCAAGUACUUGUGACAUUUUGCAAAACACAUCGUACUUCAUACAACAUAUUAAUACCGGUUUAAAAUGCAGAGCCCUAGUAAUUAUAUUUUGUUACGUCUUCAAAAAAAUGGACAUGAUUUGUAUGAUAAACAAAAAAAGGUCACUGUCAUAAAAGUUUGAAAUAAAUCGGCCAAUGCAAGAAUAUAAAAAAAUGCUUUGAAAGUAAUAUUGUUGUAUUCUAAGCGUCAUCUGAUGUUUUAUACAACGAUCUUGUAGUACUGUUAUUCUCUAGACUAUAUUACUGAUCUUUCUGUGUAAAUCAUUGUUUAUGAUAAACUAUUGAGCAUGCUUUGAUAUCGUCAUUGUGAUACAUGUUGAUACAAAUAUAGUUUUUUAACAGUGUUCACUGAAUUAAUUCCGAACUUAUACUGCUUUGCACUUUCUUGAAACAACAGGCAAAAUUUUGUAUGAUGCAUUUUUUGUUUUGUUAUAUUUCCCUCAUCAUUAUCUAUUAUGUGCAUAACGUUGAGCAAAGUAAAAUUACUACAAUUAUUGAUUAUAGAUUAAUUCUUUUAUAAAGUAUAAAAUUGAUAUGUUAUAGGCAUAAGGGAACAAUCUGUCAGAUUAUUAGUCCCCUACCGGUUUCACCGGUGGGGACUUAUGGUUUGCGCUUCGUCACGUCAGUCUGUCUGUCAGUCACACUUUUCUGGAUUCUGCGAUAACUUUAAAAGUUGUUCAUAUUUUUUCAUGAAACUUGGAACAUGGAUAUAUGGCAAUAUGGACAUAAUGCACGUAAUUUCAAUUCGAUCCUACGUCAAAAAUUAAUGGUUACUAUGGCAACAAAUAGACUAGAAAUACUGCUGAAAAUGGUGGUUUUCUGGACCCUGCGAUAACUUUUAAAGUUCUUAAUAUUUUUUCAUGAAACUUGGAACAUGGAUAGAUGGCAAUAUGGACAUUAUGUACGUCAUAUCAUUUCGUUCCUACGUCAAAAAUUAUGGUUGCUAUGGCAACACAUAGACUAGAAAUACUGCUGAAAAUUGUGGUUUUCUGGAUCCUGUGAUAACUUUGUAAGUUCUUAAUAUUUUUUCAUGAAACCUGAAACAUGGAUAGAUGGCAAUAUGGACAUUAUUCACAUCAUUUCAUUUUGUUUCUACGUCAAAAAUUCCGGUUGCUAUGGCAACAAAUAUAUAGAAAAAAAUCUGGAAUUUCUGACAAUGGUGGAGCCGGUAGGAGACUUAUAUUGCUUGACAAAAGUCUUGUUUUAUAUAUGUACAUUGUAUUAUUUUUCCUCUAGGACAAUAUUUUAAACUGUUGCCGGGCAACACUGCCUUUGAGUCUCAAGGCAACAAUUCAUAUCAUUGUCCCUUCUACUUUUGGAAAACAAAACAACUGUUCCCAACCCAGAAUUCAAACAAAUAUCUGUAUUAUUUCAGUUUAAAAAAAUAAUGUUCGAAUUUAUAUUUAUUUUAAAUGGCCGGGUUUAUUUUAAUUUUGUUGUUUGUUACCUUUACUGAGUAAAUAUAUUUUCCUAUAACAGUAUGCGUUGGUUUAACAGUUUAAUGUAGAAGAAUUUUAUAUUGUGGCACAUAAAAGGACUGUGCUAUUUGCAGAAUUACUAAAUUAAAAAAACAACAACCACAAAGCAAAUCAGAAAAAAAGUGUUAAUGCACACAAUAUCGCUGAAACUAAAACAUGGGUUUUCUUCUGUUACUUGAAACUCUUAUGUUACAAGAACCAAGCAUCAUUUUGCUUUAUGACUGGAUGCUGUUCUGAAAUUAAUCUUCUCAGGGCUUGACUAAUGGUAGUUUUGUUAAUUGAUACACACUUUAUUGUAAAAAUUGUUCAAAUAUUAACAAAUGAUCUUACAUUAUAAUAAAUUACUUGUUGACCAAUA